AUCGAUUUGUGUCGCGAAGGUGGCGCUACCGGAAAGAACCAUAACCUAAAAUGUUCUGUUUCCUUUUAUAACGUUGGUUUGACCCCGCAAAAUGGGUAUUAGCAGAGAUCACUGGCAUAAACGGCGUGCAACAGGUGGAAAACGUAAACCACUGCGUAAGAAGAGGAAGUUCGAGUUAGGUCGACCGGCCGCAAAUACAAAACUUGGCGCGCGAAGAAUACACUAUGUUCGAACACGAGGUGGAAACUUGAAAUACAGAGCAUUGCGUUUAGAUCACGGUAACUUUGGCUGGGGUUCAGAAGGAAUUGCACGCAGCACGCGUAUUAUCGACGUAGUGUACAAUGCGAGUAAUAAUGAGUUGGUCCGUACUAAAACUUUAGUAAAGAAUGCCAUCGUUGUUGUUGACGCUACACCGUUUAGACAAUGGUACGAAGGUCAUUAUAUUUUACCGUUAGGACGCAAGAAGGGAGCAAAGUUGUCUGAAGCCGAAGAAGCCGUAUUAAACAAGAAGAGAAGCAAAAAAGUCACACGCAAAUACACGACCAGACAACGGACGGCUAAAGUAGAACCUGCACUUGAAGAACAAUUCCAAACUGGACGCAUCCUUGCGUGCUUGGCAUCUCGUCCUGGACAGUGUGGUCGUGCCGACGGGUAUAUUUUAGAAGGCAAAGAACUUGAAUUUUACAUGCGUAAGAUUAAAUCGAAGAAGGCUAAAUAGAUGUAAAUAGUGCGUUUUGAAUAAAUCUAUCUAACGCUGA